GUAUGAAGAGUACCGUAGUCGUCAAGUCAGUAGCUAUUGUCACGGUCGUUCUCGUCCCUCCCAUCCAACCACCUGCUGUUUGAGAGUGUCCGGGUCGCUUGGACUCGCGGGGCUCGAUCAGUAGAGUGGAGGAUCCCUUGGCACUUGUGUCUUGCUUUCACCUGACCUAAACCGAGGGGAUUUGUUUCAGUUUUAUUUAUUUUUUAUUUUUUAUAUCUUUCGUCAGUCGCUGGUUUGUCAGCACUCCUGUAAAAAUGGAUCACCCUCACAGAGCUUCAUUGUUGGCUUUGUUGAUAGUGGUGGUGUUAGCCGUGAGCGUUAGCUCAGCCGAAGGACAGUUGGUAUAUAGGUAUUACAAGCAGUCAUGCCCGAACGUGGAGAAGAUCAUUCACAAGGAGGUCCUGAAACAAUUCAAGAAGGACCCAACAAUCGCUCCAGGAAUCCUGCGUUUGAUUUUCCACGAUUGUUUCGUUCGAGGUUGCGAUGCAUCCGUGCUCUUGGCUGGAAAGGACACUGAAAGAACCUCCUUAACCAACGCUAAUUUGCAUGGAUUUGAAGCCAUCGACGCUAUCAAGGCUGCAGUGGAGAAGGCUUGCCCCAACACCGUCUCUUGUGCAGAUAUUCUGGCUUACGCUUCUCGCGACACGGUGAGAAUCACCGGGGGAUCAAGCUGGAAAGUAUACGGUGGACGGAGGGACGGGUUGAUCUCUAACGCUGUCGAGGUCGCGCAAAACUUGCCUCCCUCCACGGCCAAGGUUCCCGAGCUCGUUGCCACAUUCGCACAGAAGGGGCUCACUCCGCAACAGAUGGUCGACUUAUCUGGUUCCCACACGCUCGGGGUCACACACUGCGUCCACCUCCGAGACAGGAUCUUUACACCCAUCGAUCCAACCAUGCCCAAGUCACUCUUGAAGCAGCUGCAACGGGUGUGUCCGAAGAUCACCAGCCCAACUCCUCUUGUCAUCGAUCGUCUAACCCCACACAAGUUCGACACUCAGUAUUAUCAGAACAUUGCGAGUGGCCAGGGUCUGAUGACUUCGGACCAAGAUCUGUUCAACGACGACAGUACCCGUCGCUUUGUGGUGAAGAACUUGAAGCACGGCAACUUCAUCCACAGGUUCGGAAAGGCGAUGAUUGCCAUGACCAACAUCGAGCCCACCAUCGCUCCUGAUGGUGAAAUCCGGAGGAGAUGUCAGUUCCUGAACUAGAAAACUGAUCAUACACCGAAACAUUCUUUCCUACAAAUCGAUUCUAUUCUUCGUGCCAGUUAGUGUGUAAGGUGUCCUGGUACACUUCCAUUUUCUUCGUUGAUCUUGUGACCCAUCUUUAAUGCUACAUACUUUCUCAUUCUUUCUGUAGUUUGGAUUUCCUGGAUCCGAUAAUUUGCCCACUAAAGGUGGCAUCAGAAGCUUUGGAAUUUCAUUAAGGUCAUACACAAUCUCUUUCUCUUACUAAAGGUCUGGUCUUCAAAACAUGUGCUGUAACUACACAGAUUUUGAUCAUUUGCAGCUCAAGUUUAUAUAAA